AUGGCUGCAAAUGAUGUUCCAUGUUGCGAGCCCAUGUUCUGGGUGUAUCUAGUCAUAUGCGUGGUUCUUGUGUCUUUCGCCGGCCUCAUGUCAGGCCUUACCCUAGGGCUCAUGUCCCUUAGCCUCGUUGAUCUUGAGGUCAUUGCCAAGGCUGGCCAGCCCCAAGACAGGAAGAACGCAGAAAAAAUUCUCCCAAUCGUCAAGAACCAUCACUUACUCCUAUGUACCCUACUCAUAAGCAAUGCCAUGGCAAUGGAGGCCCUUCCCAUUUUCGUCGAUGCACUUCUUCCAGCUUGGGCCUCUAUAUUGAUAUCAGUCACCCUCAUACUUGCAUUUGGAGAGAUAAUCCCUCAAUCGGUGUGUUCAAGGUAUGGGCUAAGUGUUGGUGCAAAACUCUCUUUCCUAGUUCGGUUGCUUGUCUUGGUCUUCUUUCCUAUAGCUUACCCCAUUAGUAAGCUGUUGGAUUGGCUUCUCGGUAAAGGGCAUUCUGCACUUCUAGGACGGACUGAGCUUAAAACAUUGGUGGAUAUGCAUGGAAUUAAGGCAGGAAAAGGUGGAGAGUUAACACAUGAUGAAACUACCAUAAUUACUGGAGCAUUAGAUAUGACACAGAAAACUGCCAAAGAUGCCAUGACGCCCAUAUCUGAAAUAUUUUCGCUUCACAUGGAAUCGAAACUUGAUGAGCAAACAAUGGGGCUAAUAUUGAGCAAAGGACAUAGUCGUGUGCCCAUCUACUCUGGAAGCCCCACAAAUAUCCUUGGCCUUAUUUUGGUAAAAAAUUUGAUCAAGGUCCGCCCCGAAGAUGAAACACCCAUCAAAGAUCUUGUUAUCAGGAGAAUUCCUAGGGUGCAUGGUUGUUUGCCUCUCUACGAUUUACUGAAUGAAUUCCAGAAGGGUCACAGUCACAUGGCUGUUGUUAUAAAGGGAGUUAGGGAGAGUAGUCUAGAGAAGGAAGCCGAGUCUAGCAUAAUCAAGUUAAAUGUUAAUUUAAAUUCAAGACAAAGCAGCCAUGCACUGAGAAAAGGAACCGAUCACCAGUUUAGUGGCAGCGAAAUUCAAAAUCCAACAUUAGAUAAUGUCAAGCACAUCGAUAAUUUAAGCCCACAACCAAAGAAGAAAAGGGAGCGAGAAGAUGAAAGCAUUUCAAUUGAAGAUUUGGAAUCUCUUCCAAAUUUAGAUGAAGAGGUCAUUGGUAUCAUAACCCUGGAGGAUGUUAUGGAGGAGCUAUUGCAGGAGGAAAUUCUGGAUGAGACAGAUGUUGACGAUCAUAAAAGAAUUAAAAUCAAUUAUUUGUCACCUUCAAAAAUAUCACCAUCAAGAUAUCCAGCAGCAACAUCGGGUUCUCAUUUUCAACGGCAAACUUCUGUGGCAUCCCCACUUUCUUCCUAUCACCAUACUCCAAUGUCUUCAUAUAACCAUUCUCCAAUACUGCGUUCACCGAUUUCAGCAUAUCUUCAAUCUCCACGCAUGAUUAGACCAAGUCUAUCUCCUUCCCCUGAAAAAUCCAUGCCAAAUUACCCAACAAUAUAUGCCGGCGGCGCACGCUACUCGCCAUCCUUGCAUAAGGUUUCGAGGACAUUAUAUGAAAAGCUGUGGCAGCCUGGCGAUCCAUAG